AUGGCCGGGGCCGGCGGCCAGCACCACCCUCCGGGCGCCGCGGGAGGAGCGGCCGCCGCGGCCGGCGCCGCGGUCACUCCCGGCGCUGCCUCGGCGGGGCCCGGAGACGAUUCCUCUGACAGCGAAGCGGAGCAAGAGGGACCCCAGAAACUGAUCCGCAAAGUGUCCACCUCGGGGCAGAUCCGGACCAAGACCAGUAUUAAAGAGGGACAACUAUUGAAGCAAACCAGUUCCUUCCAAAGAUGGAAAAAGCGUUACUUCAAACUUCGAGGCCGUACACUUUAUUAUGCAAAGGACUCGAAGUCUCUGAUAUUCGACGAAGUUGACCUCUCAGAUGCCAGUGUAGCUGAAGCAAGCACAAAAAAUGCAAACAACAGUUUCACGAUAAUCACUCCAUUCAGAAGACUGAUGCUGUGCGCUGAGAACAGGAAGGAGAUGGAGGAUUGGAUGAGCUCACUGAAGUCUGUACAGACCAGAGAACCUUACGAGGUGGCCCAAUUUAACGUGGAACAUUUCUCAGGGAUGCAUAACUGGUACGCCUGCUCCCAUGCACGACCCACUUUCUGUAACGUGUGCAGAGAGAGUCUUUCUGGAGUCACCUCCCAUGGCCUGUCCUGCGAAGUGUGUAAAUUCAAGGCUCACAAAAGAUGUGCAGUGAGGGCAACAAAUAAUUGCAAAUGGACGACUCUGGCCUCCAUCGGGAAGGACAUCAUAGAGGAUGAAGAUGGACUAGCUAUGCCUCACCAGUGGCUCGAGGGUAACCUGCCCGUCAGCGCCAAAUGCGCCGUAUGUGACAAAACAUGUGGGAGUGUCCUGCGUCUACAAGAUUGGAAAUGCCUUUGGUGUAAAACGAUGGUACACACUGCCUGCAAAGAUUUAUACCAUCCUGUGUGUCCCCUCGGCCAAUGUAAAGUGUCCAUCAUACCUCCAAUUGCACUGAAUAGCACUGAUUCUGAUGGUUUCUGUAGAGCGACAUUUUCAUUCUGUGUUAGUCCUCUGUUGGUUUUUGUCAAUUCUAAGAGUGGAGAUAAUCAGGGAGUAAAGUUCCUUCGUCGAUUUAAACAGUUGCUAAAUCCGGCUCAGGUGUUUGAUUUAAUGAACGGAGGUCCUCAUUUAGGUUUAAGAUUAUUCCAAAAGUUCGACAACUUCCGAAUUCUUGUUUGUGGAGGAGAUGGAAGUGUGGGUUGGGUUUUGUCAGAAAUUGAUAAGCUCAACUUGAAUAAACAGUGUCAGCUGGGCGUAUUGCCUUUGGGUACAGGAAAUGACCUUGCCCGCGUUCUAGGCUGGGGCGGUUCCUAUGAUGAUGACACCCAACUUCCUCAGAUACUAGAGAAGCUGGAACGAGCCAGUACCAAAAUGCUAGACAGGUGGAGUAUAAUGACCUAUGAACUCAAAUUGCCACCAAAGGCUUCUCUACUUCCCGAACCUCCAGAAACAUCGGAAGAAUUUUAUAUGACAAUUUAUGAGGACUCUGUCGCAGCUCAUCUUACAAAAAUCCUCAAUUCUGAUGAACAUGCCGUGAUCAUAUCAUCUGCCAAGAUACUCUGUGAAACUGUAAAGGACUUUGUUGCCAAAGUAGAGAAGGCCUACGAAAAAACGUUGGAAAACGCCGUUGCAGCCGACGCCGUGGCCAGUAAAUGUUCGGUCCUAAAUGAAAAGCUUGAACAACUGCUUCAAGCUUUACACGCAGAUUCCCAGGCUGCCCCCGUUCUCCCAGGCAUCCACUCUCUCAUUGUAGAAGAAGAUACCGUGGAAUCUUCCAGUGAAGAAUCCUUGUGUGAAAGCAAAGAACAGCUCGUGGAUAACCCUGCAAAACCUCCCUCCCAGAAAGCUGUCAAACCAAAGGAAAUAAUGUUGCGGGCAAACAGUUUAAAGAAAGCGGUGAGACAAGUCAUUGAAGAAGCCGGCAAAGUUAUGGAUGACCAGAGUGUUCAUCCCUGUGAACCAGUUAACCAGUCAUUCGAUAAUGAUAGUACAGAAACAGAUGAAUCUAAAGAAGAAUCUAAAGACGAUGAUGCAAAAGAGUCAUUAACUGUUAAAACUGCACCUGCACCUCGGUCUCCAGAUGGCCGGGCAAGUCGUUCCCAAACUGACUCUGGCUCUGGUCCAGCUGUGGCAGCCAGCAAAGAAAACCUCCCUGUGCUCAACACCAGAAUAAUCUGCCCAGGUUUAAGAGCAGGACUAGCUGCCUCAAUUGCUGGGAGUUCUAUAAUCAACAAAAUGUUACUAGCAAAUAUUGAUCCUUUUGGUGCAACGCCAUUUAUUGACCCAGAUCCAGAUUCAGUAGAUGGAUAUUCAGAAAAAUGUGUCAUGAACAAUUACUUUGGGAUUGGAUUAGAUGCAAAAAUUUCAUUAGAAUUUAAUAAUAAGAGAGAGGAGCACCCUGAAAAAUGCAGGAGCCGAACUAAAAACUUGAUGUGGUAUGGAGUCCUUGGAACCCGGGAGUUGUUACAGAGAUCGUAUAAGAAUUUAGAACAGAGGGUUCAACUUGAGUGUGAUGGGCAGUAUAUUCCUCUCCCCAGUCUGCAAGGAAUAGCAGUGUUGAACAUUCCCAGCUAUGCAGGAGGCACUAACUUUUGGGGUGGAACUAAAGAGGAUGAUAUAUUUGCUGCACCAUCAUUUGAUGACAAGAUCCUGGAAGUUGUUGCAAUAUUUGAUAGCAUGCAAAUGGCAGUUUCAAGGGUCAUUAAACUGCAGCAUCAUCGAAUAGCCCAGUGCCGUACGGUAAAAAUCACUAUAUUUGGCGAUGAGGGAGUCCCAGUGCAGGUGGAUGGUGAAGCAUGGGUUCAGCCUCCAGGAAUUAUCAAAAUUGUGCACAAAAACAGAGCUCAGAUGCUAACAAGGGACAGGGCUUUUGAAAGCACUCUGAAAUCUUGGGAAGAUAAACAGAAGUGUGAUUCCAGUAAACCAGUUCUUCGAACCCAUUUGUACAUCCAGCAUGCCGUUGACUUGGCAACAGAAGAGGUGUCCCAAAUGCAGUUAUGCUCCCAGGCUGCAGAGGAGCUCAUUACUAGGAUCUGUGAUGCAGCCACGAUCCAUUGUCUCUUGGAGCAAGAACUGGCCCAUGCUGUGAAUGCAUGCUCCCACGCACUGAAUAAAGCCAACCCACGCUUCCCAGAGAGUCUUACGAGAGACACUGCCACUGAAAUAGCCAUCAAUGUGAAGGCAUUAUAUAAUGAAACAGAAUCUUUACUAGUGGGCAGGGUUCCUUUGCAGUUAGAAUCCCCGCAUGAGGAACGCGUGUCUAAUGCCUUACAUUCUGUGGAGGUGGAGCUGCAGAAGUUAACGGAGAUCCCUUGGCUUUAUUAUAUCUUACACCCAAACGAAGAUGCGGAGCCCCCCAUGGAUUGCACCAAGAGAAACAGCAGAAGCACAGUCUUUCGUAUCGUGCCAAAAUUUAAAAAGGAAAAGGUUCAGAAGCAGAAGACAAGUUCACAGCCUGUUCAAAAAUGGGGCACAGAGGAAGUUGCUGCUUGGCUGGAUCUGCUCAAUUUGGGAGAGUACAAAGAAAUCUUCAUCCGUCAUGACAUCAGAGGGGCUGAACUUUUGCAUCUGGAAAGGCGAGAUCUUAAGGACCUGGGGAUAACGAAAGUGGGUCAUAUGAAGCGAAUUCUCCAGGGAAUUAAAGAGCUUGGAAGGAGCACUCCCCAGUCUGAGGUGUAA